AUGGGCCGCGAGUGGCGAUCAGGAUGGCUUUUGGCCGUAUUGUUGGCGUUGGCCGGAGCACAACAACAGGCUGAAGACGUUCAGGAUGUCAUCAUUAUUGGAGCGGGACUGGCUGGGCUGUCGGCAGCGAAUAGGAUUCUUGAUCAAUCCCCCUCCACAAAGCUGCUCGUGCUCGAAGCGAAAGAAGCGAGUGGAGGGCGUCUCCUCGCCCAUCAGAUGAAGACAGCGCAGGGCCAGCAGGCCGUCGACAUCGGCUCCCAAUGGAUCGGCCCCAAGCACACGGCCCUCCUCGCGUUGGUCCAGAAAUUCGGGUUGACCGCUGAAGUUCAGCCAAUAUGCGGCGAGCGCAUCAUCCUCAGCAAGAACACCGCGGGUACCAACUUUUUGAGCAGGAGGCGGAAGAGAUCGUACCAGUGGUCAUCUCUCGGCACGAGCCCCUCAAUCUCUGAUGUCUUCUCCUCGUCUGACCUUGCCGAAUUUGGUGGAGAAUCCGCCGCCGGUUUCAUCAAGAGCGGCAACCUCGACUCGGUCGAUGGCGAUGGCAUUCGACGACUUCUGCAGGUGUUCUACGAUGCGCCCGACACCACCGUAUCCGCCCUCCAGCUCCUCCUGACGGCCAGCAGCGAGAAUUCGACGAUCGACGAUGUGCUCUCGGAAAUGGGCCACGGUACUGGGCUUCGUGUGAAAGAGGGAUUGGGACAGUUGGUUAGCAAACUGGCCACCCGGGAUGGCCUAACGAUCACCUACAGCUCGCCAGUCACCACGAUUUCUCAAGAAGACGACGGCACGCAAACGAUCACGGCUGGAGGCAAGAAAUAUUCGGCAAAACAGGUGAUCAUCGCCGUGCCGCCAGCCAUCGCCGCCGGCAUCGACGUCAACCCCGCGUUGCCCCAGAAUUUGGCGGCUUUCCUUGGUUCCUACAAGCCCCGCGGAUUCGCCACCUACUUUGCCCUGACCUACUCGACCCCGUUCUGGCGUGAAAACGGCAAUUCCGGGCAGAUCAUCUACGCUGGAACUGGCGGUGAUCUGCUGUGGCUGACGACAUUCGACACGAGCGACAACAAUGGAUGCGCGUUCGAAGGAACGCCCGGCGUGCUGUGGGGAAUUGCCCAUUUUGGCAGCGAUUCGCUGAAUGCUGAUCAGAGGUAUGCCGCCUACGUCAAAGUGAUGGCAGAAGCUUUCCCGAAUUCUGGCGAUCCGCUUGAUCAUUUCGACUACCAAUUCUACGACGACGAAUACGCGCUCGGCUCCGUUGGCACGCUGCCAGUACAGCAGAAUACUGAUGACGUUGCCGCCUUCUUCGAGGCGUUCAACGCCGAUGGACCACAACUUAACCAGAGCCUCCACUUCGCCUCGGCCGAGUACUCCUCCACGUCGAUGGGGAUGAUGAACGGAGCCGUCGUGCAGGGACAACAUGUUGCUGACGUUGUCCUGAAGCAACUCGGCGCUGGAGAUGAACAACAGGCUGGAGGAGUUGCUGCUGGAGUGGAUGCCGCUGAGAGUACGACCCAGGAAGCCCCGGCCAGCUCGUCGCUGCGCUAUCCAGAUGACCUGACGCCGUUCGCGUAUGAAACGAGCACACAAUAUGCAGCUAGCAGCACCCAGGAGGCCGCGCCCGAAUCCACGACCUCUCAGCCGCACUACGAUUUCCAGUACUCCACCUCGCCACAGUAUCCGGAUAUCCUGACGACCGAAUCCGCUUCAUCCUCAAGCACCGCCGAGCCGGGCAGCACGACAACGUUCGACUACACAGCGGAAUUCCUCGGAAAAAUGCACGACGCCUUCAACAAGCCCAACGACACGACCGACGAGCCGACGGCUUCGAGCAGUACGGUCAUCUACCCGGAUCUGUUAAUGCAAAACGAAUCGACGACGCCGUUCGUCUACGAAACGAGCAGCCAAUACGAGGCCACCACCCCGGAUACGACUGUCGCGCCACCCGAGCAGAAGCAGUACGACUUCCCCUACAGUACCAGCACACAGUAUGCGCCGGAAGAUCUCGGCUACGGUGAAGCUUCAACCACCGAAUCGCCCGAAAAUUCCACACUUCCCGACCGAUUUGUGCCCGAUCUCGCACCCCCACCUUCGAAUCUCACCUCAAAUGGCACCGACACCGACUAUCCGGAUGACCUUAUCAGCGCCGUCGGCCUGAACGCGACGCAACCGUCUAACGAGACUGAGUCGACCUCACCCACCGAGAACCCGCUCGUCGACGAUGUGAUCAAUUUGCUAAACGGCGAAGGAAACGCGACGCAGCCGCACGCACCGGGCAAUGAGACGACGGUGGAGGAUGCCGUACUGGACAUACUUAACCCGGAAACUGUGGAUAAUAGUACGGUACCGGCUAACGAAACAGCACUUCCGGACGAGGUUUUAAACUUGCUUAACCCGGAUAACAGUACCUCACUGUCUAAUGAAACGGCACUUCCGGAUGCAGUUCUAAAUUUGCUUAACGCAGAACCGUUGGAUAAUAGCACCUCAUCAGCUAACGAAACAGCACUUCCUGAUCAAGUUUUGAAUUUGCUUAACCCAGAUGGAUUGGAUAAUAGCACGUCACCGGGUAACGAAACGGCAUUACCGGAUGAUGUUUUGAAUUUGCUAAACCCCGAGACACCCCUAAACGGCACGGAACCCUCAAAUAAUGGCACCGAUGUGGAGCUCAAUCCGACCGCCUCGCCGGACACGACCAACUCGACUACACCCGAAAAUACGACCGACUUUGACGUCUCCAACGUGACGAGCCCCAACAAUGCGACCGAAUUGGACGACUCCGCCUUCAACGCGACGACCCCACUGACGAACAGUACCGAUUCGGGCGAGGAGCCCGAAUUCGCCCGGCUGACCGUUCUCCGCGAUGUCCAGUCCGUCCCGCAGCAGGAUGAUAUGGAGAACAACACCAGCCCCACGACAGAAGCCUUCGUCUAUCAAACCUCUUCACAAUACCCCCCAGGAGCUUUUGAUGACAACGAGCCCGAAGCGAGCAGCCAGUCGCCAGCCAGCAGCACCAGCUACGCCUUCCUCUACCAAACGUCGAGCCAGUAUCCGCCGCAUACAGCUGCUUUCCGCGAGGCUACGAGUGUACAGCCCGAUCUGAACACGCUGCUCCUCGCCGAUGAGCCCCUGGUUCAACUUCUCAACGCGACAACACCAGAAGCCCCAGCCGCAACGAGCAAUGCAACGGAAUCGGCCGAAGAUCUCAUCCAGGAGGCCGUGCAGACCGUCGAGCAGAACAUCAAAAAGGUCCCUCCCACUGAGCGGAAACCGAUCGCCGCCCGACUGUCGAACGCGCUGGCCGCCCUGCUGAACCUGGUGCGACGACGG